AUGGACCGUGUGACUGCUGCUGAGUUUUUUGAAACUAUUGGCGGUGAUAUCGUUGACGCUAAUCAAAAUACAACCGAGAUUGAUUCGAAUGAAUUAGACGAUCCUCCAAUUGGAAAAGCUACUGAUACACAUGGCAAUGAGAAAUCAACACUUAUUAAGAAGUCAAUGAAGCUAUUGAAGUCACAUGCAAAC